AUGUCUGAUCUCGGUACCCUUCCAGAUGCCCCACCCAUGGCUCGCGAUAUCGUAGAAGGCAUCAGUGUAGAAGCCUUCGGCCCUAACAAAAUCCUUACCGAGGCGGAACUUAACCGCGAUUAUCCCCUUAGACCAAGGAACAAAAAACAUACUCUCCCUUUUCACGAGUUACACACAUAUCUCUUUGAUCCACUUCUUGCCAACAAGAAGAAAAGAACAGGCCCCAAUCAAAGAUUAUCAAAAUUAAAGCCCCAUGAAAUCAGACGGAAUAUUAUUGACCGGUUUAUAUCUCGCUGGAGGACUGAAGUUGGCAAUGAUAUCUAUCCCGCAUUUAGGUUGAUUUUAUGCGAUAAAGACAGAGAUCGCAGCGUAUACCAUCUUAAAGAAAAAACAAUUGGCCGUCUGUGGGUCAAGGUGAUGAAAAUCAAUAAAGACAGCGAUGACGGCUAUGCUCUUUUAAAUUGGAGGCAACCAGGCGCCUCGAAAAGUGCUGGUGACUUUGCUCUACGCUGCUAUGAGGUGAUUAAAAAACGUCCAAUGAGAACCACUCCAGGCAACUUGACAAUUGAUCAAGUGAAUGAAAUGCUUGACAAUCUUUCCCAAGCUACUAAAGAAGAGGAUCAAUUGCCGAUUAUGGUCGAUUUCUAUAACAACAUGGAUGCCGAUGAACUGAUGUGGAUCGUUAGAAUUAUCAUGAGGCAGAUGAAAGUUGGAGCUACGGAAAAAACCUUCUUCGAUGCGUGGCAUCCGGAUGCUGAUGCCCUAUUCAAUGUUUCAUCAUCUCUCAAACGUGUCUGCUGGGAGUUGUAUAAUCCUGAUUUCCGCAUGGACUCUGAUGACAAAUCAGUGACCCUUAUGUCGUGUUUCCAACCUCAACUUGCGCAGUUUCAGAAGCGUUCCAUGGCCGAUGUUGUUAAAGCCAUGCACCCAACAGCUGAAGAUCCAACAUUCUGGAUAGAAGAAAAGCUCGAUGGUGAGCGAAUGCAAAUGCAUUAUCAGAAUGGAAAUUUUAUGUUUUGGAGCAGGAGGGGAAAGGAAUACACAAGGCUUUAUGGAUCAGGGUGGGAUGAUGGAAGUUUGACAAGACAUCUGGGGGAGGCAUUUGACAAAGGAGUUAAAAGUGUCAUUUUAGACGGGGAAAUGAUUACAUGGGACCCCAGAAUGGAUGUUAUCGUUGCUUUUGGGACACUAAAAACGGCUGCGUUGGAGGGGAAUAGGAACCCAUAUGGAGAUGGACCUAGGCCCUUAUUUCGAGUUUUUGAUAUACUUUACCUAAACGGACAAUCUUUGAUUAAUUAUACACUAAGGGACAGGCGUAAGGCUCUGGAGAGAAGUAUCAAGAGUGUACACAGAAGAAUGGAGGUUCAUCAGUAUGUGGAAGCACAAGAGGGGAGAGAAAUUGAAAAAAUGUUGCGGCAAGUAAUCGCCGAAGCAAGUGAAGGCCUAGUCAUUAAGAAUCCGCGAAGCAUAUACCGCCUCAACGACCGAAACGAUGAUUGGAUGAAGGUGAAACCGGAUUAUAUGACAGAAUUUGGCGAAUCACUUGACCUUCUCGUUCUUGGUGGCUAUUGGGGAAGCGGGAAGCGCGGUGGUAUCCUCUCAUCGUAUUUGUGCGGUGUCCGCCUUGAUGGAAAUCAUCUUCUUCCUGGCGAAAAUCCCAUGAAAUUUUGGUCUUUCUGCAAAGUUGGUGGUGGUUUUACCGCAAAUGAAUAUUCCCAAAUUGCUCACAUAACCGAUUCCCAGUGGGUGCCUUGGGAUCCCAAGAACCCGCCCAAAGAGUUUAUGGAGCUUGCAGGAGGUGAUCAAGCCUUCGAGCGUCCCGAUGUGUGGAUUCGCCCUGACAGGAGCUUUGUGGUUGAAGUCAAAGCUGCUAGUGUAGCACCGACUGACAAGUUCAGGGUUGGCAUGACUUUGAGGUUUCCAAGGUUCAAAAGACUAAGGGAGGACAAGGACUGGAAGAGUGCACUUAGCAUAUCGGGAUUCUUGAGGCUAAAGGAUGAGGUCGAGAAGGGGGAGGAGGAGAAAGCCAUGAAUAUGGAAAAUAGGAGAAGACCGGGAAAACGCAUAAAAAGAGAAUUGAAGGUUCUUGGGGUAUCCGAGAAAGCCCACAGAUUGGAUCAAGUAAUUGUGAGCAAUUCGAAUAUGCUGUUUAAGGAUUAUUCUUUCUAUAUCAUGUCUGAGUCUACAUCCCCUAAAGAGAAGAAGAGCAAGGUUGAGUUAGAACAGCUUGUCAAAUCCCAUGGGGGCAGGAUCUUCCAAACUGAAAACGCAGCUGAAAACACUUGGGUUAUUGGGGACAGAAACACUGUCAAGAUUUCUGCAUUGAAGAAGAAGGGGACCCAUGAUAUCAUACGGUCUUCGUGGAUAUUAGAUUCAAUUCACCAAGACGAAGCAGAACGAAGAAGUGGUAGAAGAGGAGGCUAUGUUCUUCCAUUAGAACCUAGAUACAUAUUCUCUGCGGUUGGGGAUAUUGAACAGAAAAGCCAAAACGCGAUUGACACAUGGGGUGACAGUUAUGCGCGAGAUGUUGAUGCUGGAGAAUUGGGCCAGCUCCUCGACGGUAUGUCAACUAAUAUUGAACGUGUAUUCACGGCCGAGUUCAUUCAGACCCUUGAUCAUGAUAACUUCCAUAGCUUUGACGGUUUACCUGGAUGGAUCUUCAGAGAAUUGGUCAUUUAUAUAGACACCCUGAACUCGAACGAAUCCAAAUCUAGGCAUCCGGCAUUUGUAAACUCCGGUCCUCACGACGUAUCUGCACACGUUCAUGAUCCUAGCAUAUCCGGCAUCCUUGUGCAGUUCGCCGGAGGUAGAAUAUCUGAAGAUAUAAAUGAUUUAGAUAUCACCCAUGUUGUCGUCCAUACCAGCGAUCUAUCACGGUUACAGUCUAUCAGAAGUUUAAUUCAAUCACGCCAAGGGAUUCCAAGAGUGGUGACAACAGAGUGGGUUGAGGAAAGUUUGAUAUGUAAAGCGGUAUUGAAUGAGGAGAGGUUUGCGCCAGCUUCUCUAUGA